AUGACUGAAGCCAAGACGCAGGACGCACCAACGUGCCACCUUGGAAACAUGAUUUCUAAUGAUGUAGGCGGGAAGAAGCAUAAGGCAGCGGCAAAGAAACCUGGGAUGAAGAAGGCAGCAAUGUUUCAGUGCGUCCAAGACAACCUCGCGGAGAUCACGGAGAUCAAGGCGGAACUGGAUAAACUCGCGCAGGAGCGGCGAUUCAUGUGUCGAGACGAGUCCAUUGUACACGUGCUGCAUCUCUCCAAGCAGUAA